CUUGGCAAAGACGUAAUGGAUACCUUAUCCUACUAUUUAUUUAGCGGUUACAACAUGAUGAGUGGCAGGCGGGCCAUGAAUGGCAAUCUAGACCCUAUACCUGACGAGGUAAAGUCCGCUUCUCUUUGCAAGAAACUGGAUUUCUGCAAGGGUAAACUAGAAAAGUUUGUGAACGAAUACGUCACUUCGUUAGCUCAAGGUAUCGAGGCUGUUUUUGACGGAAUCUUCAAUGAAAAAGCUGAAGCUAACUUGGAGAUGACGACACCAAUCUUUGGAAAGCUCAAAGGCUCUCUGAGUGAAGUAAGAAAGAUACUGAAGGUGGCAAAUGAUAAGGUAACGGAGGCUAAGGAAGCCUUCCUAUGGACGGCAGCCAUGAAGAAAAUCAGCUCAGUGUUCCAGAUGAAAUCAAUCACGUAUAUAGUCGAUAGAUUGGACAAAGAUGCUGAUGAAAUCAAAAAGAAACUGACACAGAAACUGGUCAUCAAUAUAGCUGCUGCCGAAGGGAGGGCAGAGAGGAAACUCUGUUACGAGUACCACAUCUGUUUGAGGGGUAUAGAAUGUACUAGAGCUCUGAAUAGUAUGCUAGAGAAAUUAAUCACAUUGCCUGAUGACAAGAUUAAGACUUUCAUGAAGGCAUUCUACGAGGCUCUGCCUGAAACUACCUUUUAUUCCCGCCUAAGUGAAGUAACAGCCAAUGAGCUUCAAAUAAUACUGAACGAUAUGGCGUAUUUCGACAAUGUACCGACUAGGGAAAUCCUUACGUCGAUUCAAACUACGGUCGAGAACAGAAUUAAUGUUUUAGACUCUAAUGCAGCUGCAAAGAAAGGCCAGGAUAUCCAAUUAGUCCAUAUUAUUCUGUCAGAUAUGGAUCAUAUUUAUAGUAGACAGAAGAAAGCACCUUUUCACCGUUUCCUGAACGAUUUCGCGGAAUGGACACGAGCUGGUGGUCGGAUUUCUACACACGUGGUUGACGUGGUCAAAGAUAUUGAAGACCAUUUGACAUCUACGUCAGAGGAUCUAGUGACGAAAUUAACAAAUGAAGUCAGAGUUUUUCUAGAAAUUACUGUAGACCCGUAGGACUUGAACGAAUAGAAGUUGAAAGUAGAAGUUUUUGGAUGAGAACACAAGUGUAGGUAUUAAUAGAUUAAGGCCGCCUAAACUGCACUCGUAUCUUUUCAACUUGCGUUUACUGUGAUUGGAUCUGUGAGGUGCACUUACAAUAAAA